AUGAACUCAAGCACUUCAUUCGGCUAUUCGCCGCCAGGAGGGCGCGCUCGUUUGAGCACCAGCUCUUCUCCACAACCGUCAAUGUCAUCCGCCAGCGACUCUCCCAACACUACACCUAUAUUCGACUCGAACAUCUUCUCCAACUCAGACACACGAUCAGAGUCACAAUACGAGUCUCGACUAGGCUCCAGCGAAGUCAUACCAAAGGUUGAAGAAGCAGAACUCGAACUAGCAGAUGUCAAAGAGGAGCCACUCGACGAUGAAUCUCCCAUAUCCCCAACAGAGCCUGUUCGGAUAAGACGCGCCCGUGGUCGGCCAAGGAUACAUCCUCCUCGAUCCCCUACAACCCUCACAAAGCAGGCAAAGGCGCGGUCGAAGACAGGUUGCACAACAUGUCGCAAACGGAAAAAGAAGUGCGACGAAACAAAACCAUUCUGUCUUUCGUGUCAGAAGAACAACAUCCACUGUGAGGGAUACAAACCUGUCGAGAUCUGGAAGAGCGGAAGAGAACGAGCAGCAGAAGGUUGGCCUCGGAAACGCAGCUCAGAGGUCAGAUUCGACCUACCUCCUCUUAUGGAAGGGGUCGAAAGCGAUCUUGACCGUAACCUCUUACAGCACUUCGUCAGCAGGGCCAGUGCUGUUCUCAGCUUACACGGAGACCGAGUGACGAAUCCUUUCACCCGGAUACUUUUACCGAUGGCUCUGCAGCACCAAGGCUUGAUGCAUUCCGUGUUAUGCCUCUCUGCUUCGCACAUGUAUUCCGUGACCCCAUCACAAGAGUACGAAGAUAGACAGGCCUUUCAUCGAGGCAAAGCCUUGACAUUACUCAAGCAUGAUCUCGAGCGACAGAAAGCUGGCGAAGGCGGUGUCAUGGUGUACGAAGACUCUAAUGUCGCCCAGAUAUUGCUUCAUCUCCUCCACUCCAUCUGCGACGGGAACACAUCUGGCGAGUACAGGAUGCACAUGAUCGCUGCGAAACAGAUUGCCAUGAACCAAAAAUCCUCCAAUCCGGAAUUCCAGUCACUUUUCGACGAGUUUUUCUACUACCACUGGAUCGCCAGCCAAAUCACCUCCAUGGAUGGUACUGACGUGCCUAUGAUGGAGAAUUUCAAUCUUCCUUUUAAGAUCAAUCCAGAAACAGCUGGAUUGAUUGGUGUGUCAGAUGGUCUCUUUGGAUUCAUUUCCAAGAUUAGCAAUCUACGACGACGACUGCGCGCACGCAUAGACGAGAAGCUCGAGCCGAACAUGGACUACGAGGCCCUUCUCGCCGCCCACGCCAUCGAUACUGGUUUACGCGGCUGGGUCUGUCCACAAGAGCGCGGCACACCCCGUUACACUAUCUCCAUGUUAUACCGACAAGCAACCUGGGUGUAUCUCUACCGUACAACAAAAGAUUCCAAACCGCACCCCUAUAUUAAGAGCGCUGUGGACGAUGGUAUACGAUACAUUAACGAGCUCCCUGCAGAAGGGUGGAUCCAGAGCAACGUACUCCUUCCCUUAUUCCUGAUUGGAUGCGCGGCAUUCGAAGAGGAGCAACGCAUACAGAUCAACCGCGCGUUCACAGGUCUGAUAGCCUGCACCGGCCUCGGGAACAUUGGCUUUGCAAAAGAAGUUGUUGACGAUAUCUGGAAGCUCAUGGAUGCCGGGGAUGGAGAGAGCUGGGACUGGGAGAAGAUCAUCAACGCGAAAGGGUGGGACUUUCUCGCGACUUGA